AUGGUCCAGCCCUUGAGCCCGCAAGACUCGACGCCCAAGCCGUACAUCGUCUCACCGCUGAUAAGAUCGGUCUUUCUCUCAAAACGUGUCGGCCUUGAUGUUUUUCUCAAGAUGGAGAACAUGCAACCCUCGGGCAGCUUCAAGUCCCGCGGGGUAGGCAAGAGGGUCGAACGCAUCGUUCAGCAGCAUGGCAAGGAGGCUGAAGUGGUCAUCGCAUCGGGUGGGAACGCAGCUCUGGCAGCAGCAUUCGCCUCUCGCACGCUCGGCGUUCGCUGUCAGGUCUUUCUGCCCGAGUUAACAACACUCAAGAUGGCCGAGAAAAUCAGAGCAGCAGGUGCGACCGUCACAGUGGCAGGGAGAGCGUUCAGCCAAGCACAGGAAGCUGCCUAUGCCUACUGUGCAAAGACGUCCAAUGCUCACUACGCGCCUCCUUAUGAUCACCCUGAUGUUGUCGACGGCAAUGCUACGAUCAUGCCCGAAGUCAGAGCGCAGCUUCAGCAAGAGCACGGCAUAUCAGAUCUGAGCGGUGUCAUCUGCUCUGUCGGCGGGGGCGGUCUGCUCGCAGGCGUUCUGACCGGAAUGGCACGUGUCGGCUGGUCGAACGUCCCCGUCUGUGCAACAGAAACGUACGGAACGCAAUCGUUCCGGCUCGCGCUCGAAGCUUCACUGAACAGUAAGCCCGUUGAAGCCAAAACACCAACGCUACCUGCAAUCUCGGGUGUAGCCGUCUCGCUCGGCGCAGCCACGGUAUCGCAAGACGUCGUACGGCUUGCUCUGGAACACGAAGGCUUACUGUCUAGCAUAGUCAUGACGGACGAGCGCUGCUUCGAUGCCCUCAAAUGCUUUGCAGCAGAUCAUCACACCCUUGUCGAGCCAGCCUGCUCUGCUUCGCUUGCGCCUUUCUACGACGAAUCCGAAACGCUCAUGAAAGCUGCUUUCCCGACUAUACGCCCUGGCGAGACUGUCGUCAUCAUCGUCUGCGGUGGUUCGGCUGUCGAUCUAGAUGAAGUGGCACGAUAUGAGCAGCUGUUCAAGGAAUCUCAGGGUGAUCUCGGCGCCAUCUCGACCAUCCGCAAACCGAGCAGCAAGCAAAUUGCAGCAUAG